AUGAGAUUUGCUAUUUCCAGUACAAUCCUUACCCUUUUUGCCGUAAUGACAUUUCUCACCAUUGCUUCUGGAUUUCCCUUGCCAAUGGAAGAUAAUCAAUCCCAUCAUGGCGCAACGGACUCAUCACCGUCAAAAGCGACAAAAGGAGUGGGUAAUAUGACAGAAAUGAAAUAUAGAUGUGUACAAGGAAUGCUUCAUGGCAAAGUGCUGGCAAACAAGAUUGGAAUUCAAUACGAGCAAUUUCCAAGUCGUUUUCAUUGUCAACCUGCAUCCGAACGUGUGAUCACAGAGCAUAAUGUUCGAGUUCAUAAAAAUAAAAUUGAAAAUCAUCAAGCAAUGAUCAAAGCGAAUCGCAUUGUAAGAGCAAAGGCAAAAGGUGAAAAAGCAAGCAGUCCUGCUGCGGCCCCAGAUUCAUUUUUAAGACAUGGUACUUCACCAUAA